AUUUUGGAACCGACUCUCCGCAGACUCCGCGCAGCGUCGCGCACGCCUGGGCGGGGCAGACCGCGCUUCCUCGGAGCGGCAACUAGGACGCCGCUGCAGAGUCCAAGAUGGAUCUCCCGGCGCUGCUCUCCGCCCAGACCCCGCGCGGAGCCCAACAUGGCGGCAGCCCCGGCCGACUCCGCCGAAGUCCGGGGCCACCGCCCAGCCCGGGCCCCGCGCGCCGCCACCUGCUGCUCCUGCGUGGUCCUGAGGACGACGGGUCCGGACCGCUGCGAUGGGAGGCCCGGGCGGCGGCGGCUGACCCUGGGCCAAGACCGCCGACCCUAGUGGAUGGCUGCGACUCCUUCUUGGUGGUGCUGGAAGUGCCGCACGGCGUCGCGGCUGAGACUUCUGGGCCGCGAGAGGCUGAGUCUGGCGCCGGCGCGAGUCCUGCCGGCCGCCCUCAGCAGGGCUCUAGCGGCGCGGCUGCCAUCCCUGGGCCCGGCGCGGCCCUCACGAACACAGCCACCCUUAGCAGUCAGGACUUGGUCGUGCGCUUCGACCACGGCGUCUUCACGCUGGCCGGCGAGCAGCCGCCGCCGCCGCCGCCACCGGACCCGCCAUCCCUGGGCCUGCCCCCGCAGGCAGGCGAGGAGUCUGCGAGCCCGCCCGAGGGCCGCCCCGGGCCGCCGGGUCACGGUGCACUCCGCUACCGCUGCCCUGAAUCGCAGUGCGCGCUUUCCUUCGCCAAAAAGCAUCAGCUUAAGGUGCACCUGCUGACACACGGAGGCAGCCAGGGCCGGCGACCCUUCAAGUGCCCCCUGGACGGCUGCGGCUGGGCCUUCACCACCUCCUAUAAACUCAAGCGACAUCUGCAGUCGCACGACAAGCUGCGGCCUUUCGGCUGCCCGGUGGGUGGCUGCGGCAAGAAGUUCACCACCGUGUACAACCUCAAGGCGCAUAUGAAGGCCCACGAGCAGGAGAACUUGUUCAAGUGUGAGGUGUGCGCGGAGCGUUUCCCCACGCAGGCCAAGCUCAGCUCCCACCAGCGCAGCCACUUCGAGCCCGAGCGGCCCUACAAGUGUGACUUUCCCGGUUGUGAGAAGACCUUCAUCACAGUGAGUGCUCUGUUUUCCCAUAACCGUGCCCACUUCAGAGAACAGGAGCUCUUUUCCUGCUCCUUUCCUGGCUGCAGCAAACAGUACGACAAAGCCUGCCGCCUGAAAAUUCACCUGAGAAGUCAUACCGGUGAAAGACCUUUUAUUUGUGACUCUGACAGUUGUGGCUGGACCUUUACCAGCAUGUCUAAACUCCUGAGGCACAAAAGGAAACACGAUGAUGACCGGAGGUUUACCUGCCCUGUUGAAGGCUGUGGGAAGUCAUUCACGAGAGCAGAGCAUUUGAAAGGCCACAGUAUCACCCACUUGGGCACAAAACCAUUCGAGUGUCCGGUGAAAGGGUGCUGUGCCAGGUUCUCUGCUCGUAGCAGUCUCUACAUUCACUCCAAGAAACACCUGCAGGAUGUGGGUGCUCCAAAAAGCCGUUGCCCGGUCUCCAGCUGUAACAGACUGUUCACCUCCAAGCACAGCAUGAAGGCACAUAUUGUCAGGCAGCACAGCCGGCACCCAGAUCUCUUCCCUCAGCUAGGAGCUCAAAGUUCUCUUCCAGUCAGUGAACUUGGCAGCCCAGGCCAAAGUGAGCUCAACAACAUAGACCUGACAGUACUCUUCUCUGAUGUACCUGCUGAUGGUAGUAGUGCAGCAGGGGCCUCGGAUGAGGCACUGACUCCUGGAAUCCUGACUAUUGAUGUGACUUCUGUGAGCUCCUCUCUUGGAGGGAACCUCCCUAAUAAUAGUUCCUUAGGGCCAAUGGACCCACUGGUCUUGGUGGCCCACAAUGACAUUCCUCCAAGCCUGGACAGCCCUCUUGUUCUUGGGACAACAGCCACAGUUCUUCAGCAAAGCAACUUCAAUAUGGAUGAUAUGCAAACUGUAAGUGCAGGAGAAUUAGGCUGUCUGGUAGCUCUGCCUGUCAAGAACUUGAGUCAGGACCCACAGGUUUUGACCUCCAGCAGCAGUUUGGCAGUGAACACCACCACACUGACCUCUUCAAGCAACCUCCCAGGGAAUACCAGUGUCCCAGAAUUGCUGGCUUCAAUCAAAGUGGAACCAGACUUACCUUCUGGCCCUGAAGCUGUCAGGCGGCAAGAACAAAGCAGAGAGGUGCCCCGGCCUGUGUUCUCCAGCCCUCCAGAAAAGCACAGUCCUCAGAGAGACACAGGGCUCAGUGCAGGGACUGGCAACUUUUAUUUGGAAAGUGGGGGCUCAGCAAGAACUGAUUCCCGAGCCAUUCAACUAAUCAAGAAAAAAAAGCAGAAAGGAACUGGGAGCAAUGCAGGAGCCUCAGGGUCUACUCAGAGAAAAAUGAAAGGUGGCAAAGUCAGUCCUACUCACUUGUAUGCAAGCCAGAGCGGUUGGUUGUGUGGGAACCUGGUGGUGCCUGGUGGAGGUCUGCCAGAACCAGCUCCAGCAGCUGGGGUGCAGUGUGUUCAGGCCCACUUAAUGCAGGAUGACCCUUCAGGUGAAGGAGUCUUGCCAUUGGUGCUCAGCCCGCAGCCUUCCACCUUCCACCCCCUGUUCACCAUCAGUUUGCCUGUCUGUGUCCUCCAGAAGGUGCUUCCUGCAGCUGGAGGGGCCGCUGGGCCUGAGGAUAUGCACUGCACAGGCAGUACAAUCAACCUGCAGGACCUUCAGUGAAAGCAGUCCUCUACCAGGGGGACCCAAGGGUGACACCUCCAGGCUGUGUCCUGUGAGACUCUGUUACAUGGUCUAGCAGGCCUGAGUGAGAACCCCCUUGGUUUCUGCUCAGAAGUCCAGCCUAGUUCUUCAGAGACUUUUGGGUACAUUUAUUGAAAAUGUUUUUCUCAUAUUCUAUCAGGAACCAGUCUGAGGCUAUACCAUUUGAAACUGCCUUGUCCAAGAAAAAUGCUGCAGUGAUGCAAGGAUUGCCUUUCUGGCAAAGCAUGCACCUCUUCUCUACUUGCCUGUGUAUACACAUCCCUUUCCCAUUUUAUCUGAGCCAUGGAGCACCAGUUGCAUUUAAAAAAAUAGACUCGUGCAGGAAAUAGUGUAUGAGUUCCAUAGUCAAAUACAACUUUAUCUGUAGUAAAACCAAAUGGGGUCUUCCAGCUUUGGUGUUUCAGCAUUUGCCUUGAGGGAGCUCUAAAAACCCCAUUUUCCCUUUCUGAGGACUAUGUAACAGGCUGUUUCUCAAUCCCUUGGAUAGUGUUCAUAGUUGGGUUUUGUCACACUGUGGGGCAGAAGUGAGCUUGCUGUUAUAGGAAGCCAAAUUUUAAUCCAUGUUCUGGCAGACCAGGCAGGCUUCUUGUGUAAGAGGAAAAUACUCAGGGUGAAGUGGGAACAUUAAGGUCCCUAUUGGCAAGGCACUCUUUGGAACCUGAAUUUUGAGCUCAUAGUUCGGGGGUGGUAGAGUUGAAACAUUCCAAUAAAUUUUCUAAAUUCUGUAUUUGGAUAUUAACAUUUAAUAGUAAUUUGACAGUGGUUUAUAAUGUUCUGAAUGCUGUAAAUUAUGUGCAGAACUGUGAUGAUGGCAUGUACAUGUUUUUGUUGAGAUUGAAGAUGUGCUAUCAUAUGUGACCAUAUAUUUUUACAGAGUAAAUUUUGUAUUGCAGAAGGAGACAAGCGAAUAACCUUGCACAUACUUGUUAGUACACUGGACUUGGUCACUCAGAAAUGCUGUGUUUGCCUUGUGCCUUUUGAAGUGUGUGUUUAUUCAGAUGCUGUUUUGGUUUUCAGACUUGGAAUCAUCCAAACUGCACAUUCUUAGUUUUCUUUGUUUCUUGAGUUUUUGGACUUGGGCUUUUAGGAAUGACCCCAGCAUUUGAUUGUGAUUCCUCUCUCUGUCCGGUUCUGAGGUGCCAACUGCUCCUGCUCAGUGCUUCCCCACAUGAAGGAAUUUAGGCCCCAUUUAUAAAUGCUUCAUACAGAACUCUGUGCUGCGUCACAGACUAAAGUUCUGUGCCCAUUUAGCUCAGCUUCCAGGUCCUCCAGAAGUCCCCUCCCUCUCCAAGGUGCCAGGCCUGUCUGCUAAGGGUAGUCAUACUGCACUGGUCUACCAAAGGAGGACAUAUUGUUGGACCUUAUUCCUGCAUGUCCCCAGUGAAUGUGCACUACAAAGUGAUUGGUACUUGCUGUCAGUUUUAUGGGCACUGAGGUUCCCUGUUGGCAGUGGACCCAACUACUAGUGCAAAUGAAUAAAAGUUUUUGUAUAGUUACACA